AUGGUUUCAUCUGGACUUGCUGCAUUGGGAUAUCAAUACAUCAACUUAGGAAACUUGGUUGCUAAUGCAACAACAUUUCCUGCUGGAAUCAAAGGGUUGGCGGAUUAUGUUCAUGCCAAAGGCCUCAAGCUGGGAAUCUACUCUGAUGCAGGGAAUCUGACAUGCAGCAAGCUACAACCAGGAUCAUUGGGCUAUGAGGAACAAGAUGCCAAAACAUUUGCCUCAUGGGAAAUCGAUUUUCUGAAAUAUGAUAAUUGUCAUACUGAUGGCACAAGCCCUCAAGUGAGGUAUCCGAUAAUGAGUAAAGCAUUGUUGAAGACAGGAAGACCCAUCUUCUUUUCCCUCUGUGAAUGGGGAGUUGAAGACCCUGCAACUUGGGGUCCCGGUGUUGGUAAUAGCUGGAGAACAACUGGGGAUAUUGCUGAUAACUGGGAGAGAAUGACAAACCGUGCAGAUAAAAAUGAUAAAUGGGCAUCUUAUGCUGGACCUGGAGGAUGGAACGGUACACUCAGCAUAACGCUCGGAGACUUGGAGGUGUGGGCUGGUCCUCUCAGCCAAAAGAGAGUGGCAGUAGUGCUUUGGAACAGGGGUUCUUCCCCAGCUAAAGUCGCUGCUAACUUCUCUGAUAUUGGCGUCCCUUCCUUCGCCCUUGUGGAUGUCAGAGAUUUAUGGGCGCACACCACCGAAGCAAAGGUGAAGGAACAAAUCUCGGCGGACUUGGAUCCCCAUGCCUGCAAGAUGUAUAUCAUCAUUCAAAAGUAA